AUGUUUUGCAGCCUGACAGCUUUGUCCACAUCAAUGCUUUGUGAAGCUGCUGUCGAUGAGCGAAUCGUCUGUCCACUGCUCACUUAUUUGCUGCGGGCAAUUGCGGUAAAUAUGAAUGCACAAUUUUUAAAUGACGAGUUCCUGGAUCAUUUGGAUUUCGUAAGUAUUUCAUAUCUGGAAUAUAUUUCUAAAAUUUGUUAA